AUGGGUGUAGUUCUGACCAUAGGUAGCAACGGUGGAGGUGGGAGCCCAGGUCCACCUCUCCAAGGACUCAAAGGCUCCCUCCAGCGGCUGCAACUGGAAUACGUGGACGUGGUCUUUGCAAAUCGUCCAGACAGCAACACCCCCAUGGAAGAAAUUGUCCGAGCCAUGACACACGUUAUCAACCAAGGCAUGGCGAUGUACUGGGGCACCUCGAGGUGGAGCGCAAUGGAGAUCAUGGAAGCCUACUCCGUGGCACGGCAGUUCAACAUGAUCCCACCUGUCUGCGAACAAGCUGAGUACCAUCUUUUCCAGAGAGAGAAGGUGGAGGUCCAGCUGCCAGAGCUCUACCAUAAAAUAGGGGUCGGUGCAAUGACGUGGUCUCCGCUUGCCUGUGGAAUUAUUUCAGGAAAAUAUGGAAAUGGGGUGCCAGAAAGUUCUAGAGCUUCACUGAAGUGCUACCAGUGGUUGAAGGAAAGAAUUGUAAGUGAAGAAGGGCGAAAACAGCAAAAUAAGCUGAAAGACCUCUCUCCGAUUGCUGAGCGCCUGGGAUGCACACUACCUCAGCUAGCUGUGGCAUGGUGCCUGAGAAAUGAGGGUGUGAGUUCUGUGCUCCUGGGAUCAUCCACUCCUGAGCAACUCAUUGAAAACCUUGGUGCCAUUCAGGUCCUCCCUAAGAUGACAUCACAUGUGGUAAAUGAGAUUGACAACAUACUGCGCAACAAGCCCUACAGCAAAAAGGACUAUAGAUCAUAAGGCAAUGCAUGAGCCACAGAAGCUGCAUGGGUAAAAUCAUGUGGGUAGGCAGUGCAGAACGACCUUACUAGCCACUCUUUCCAAUCACUUAGCAGCUUGCUGCUCAACCUCUAGUGUCCCAGGAUUCUCUGAGGUUUCUGCUGUUGCAACCACUGUGCACCCUGCGUUCUGAACACAUCUGAAAAUUCAUAACCCAGAAAAUCCAUUCUAUUUUCUUAUCUUGGACUGGUUCCCUAUCCUUGCAUUGCUGUGUACCUCAUGUUUCUGCAAUGAAAAGAAUACUGGGGUAGGGGAAUCUACUAUCUUCAGAAGAAGGCUGUACAUAUAUAUUUUUUUUCAAAAGAGCAAAAUUCACAAGAUAUAGUAUGUGAACUACAUAGGAAAUAGGAUAUCCUCGCUCUUUGGUCUUGCUCGGGAGAACAAACAGAACUAAUUUACUUUUCUUUUUUCACAUUUCAUAUUCAUACUAACAAGUUUUAUGUCACCUGUCAUUCAACACAAAAAUUUCUAGGUAUUUGCUUUUACUAUCUUUGAAGUUCUUUGUUGUUGCUUGGCCCUGUACCAUCUAGCUGGAGUGCCUCUCAGGAUUCUAAUGUGUCCAUUCACAUAAAGGUAUGAAUACCCCUAUCUUUACUAGAUACAUUAAUGGCUAAUUUAUAAAUGGGUUACAAUGCUAUGGAAACAGCUUUAAAGAAAAUGUUAAGCAUUCAUUUUUUUUUUUUUUUUUUUACAUUCUAUUAAAACCUGCCUAUACUUUCAAUUGCUUAUAGGCACAAUUCUGCAAUUUUAAAUAUCUGAGCUUUAGAAUUAUACCCAUGCUCAGUUUUGUAAUUAAACCUAUAAAUACCUGGAAAGGCAAAUACUCAGUUUACCACUGGGACAAUGUAAUAUAAUGCUUGGUAUUUUCCGAGAAGUUAUUAACAUGAAAACAAAUCCUAGGCAACAUGAAAGAAAAAAAGUCUCAUUCCUCAGCAUAUGCUGGAUGAAUUAACUUGCCCAAAGAAAAAGCAAACUUUUAAAAAAGCUCCUUAUUCUAACUGUAUCACACACUACAAUAUAUGCAUGAAAGCUCUUUGCAUGCAAUAAACGAGCUUAACUUUUGCUCAGAAUCUUGAGAUGCACCCAGCCCUGCCUCUAAGCUACUCCCCCUCACUGUAUCCCACUUGAGAAAAAUUCUCAGACUAUACUGUGUGUUAUAUCUGUAAAUAAGGAGAAAACACGAGGUGUUUUUUUUUUCUUUCUUUUCUGUAAAGGUGGGGUCAUUUUCUAUCUGUCCAUCUGUAGAUGGAAAAAAAAAUUCUACUUUACCUAGUUAGCAAGUUCUCCAUCACUUUCAGAUUUACACAAGAAAUAUAUGAACUUAAAAUCAUUUUCAGAUAUGUAUAACAUGGUUAAGUUCUAAAUCUUAAACUAUCAGUGAAAGAUAUCAACAAAUAUGAUUGUUACUACCUACAGCCUAGUAGGCAAUUGAAAAGUUUCACCAAUGAGUAUCUGACUAAUGAUGGAGAUAAAUUAACUUUCCAGCUAUUCACUGUAAAUUUAAUCCUCUGAACUACUGUAUGUAUAAAUGAGUGAAGUGCUGUCUAAAAAAAAAAAAAAUCAAUUCAUUUGCUUAAGAGUAAUAAAGGCAUCUGUGAAA